AUUGGAUUGAAUGGAUGUCUUCGUUUUUAUCUCAUUAUAUGCAUGUUUGGUUAAAGCAGUAUUUUCUGAUCAAUAUCCUGAAAUCAGAUGUAUAGUUGGCGAUUCUGUUUACCUACCAUGCCGGAAUAUACUGGGAAACAGAAUAAUUCAAUGGCUUAAUCUGAAUGGAAACAGGGAUACAUCUACAGGAAUAGGCAUAACAUAUACAGAUGGCUGGAGAAUAAAUAAUAAAUUACCAUUCCAUGAAAGACUUCGAAUUAUAGGCGAAGAAGGUGGAGAAAAAUAUGAUUUAGAAAUUUCAAACAGUAGUUUCCAAGAUGCGGGGUUAUAUUGUUGUACUGUUGACACGGUUAAUGAAACCUUGUAUAACUACGUCAGGUUGGCUGUAAAAGAAUACAAAUGGACCACUGAACUAAUCAAAACAGAAACAACCAACAGUGGCGAGGAGAAGCCGAUGAAAGUGUCAUCUGAGAGGACUGUAAAUGUAGAUGUGGUAUCAGAUAUAAUGAUCAGUGAUGAAACGUCUACGGGUUUUGCUAGUCUACAAAUAUACAUAAUUGCUGCUACUACCUCUGGAAUAAUCAUUUUCGUUGGGAUUGUAGCAUUUGUAAUUUUCCAAGCACAAAGCAGAUAUGUAGAUGCUAUCAAAAUAAAGCAUUCGAAUUCACGAAUAGAUGUAGAUAGGGAAUCUCCAAACGGAAGAAACUCAAAUGAAAACAAUUACGAAAGCACCGAAAGCAGCCCGCGUUCUCAACGUAAUCCAACUACAUUUGAAAGGCUUUCAAACAAUGAGCAUUCGGGAAAUGUUUUUAACCGAACAGUUACCCAAAGUUCAGUGGAUUUGCCUGAAAUUAUUGAGCACACUUCACAUAAUGCACAUUUACUUAUAACUAUUGAUACGUCCAGUCCUUACCAACCAUUAUCUGGAAAUUGGCAGACCAGCUCCCACAAUUACGACGAAUGUAUUCCCAAGACAUACGACCAAAUUUCUUGUGAAGAAAACUUGGACGACAGAACACACGUUUAUGACGAGUGUGCGUCAGUUAAUGUGUACGAAACUUUAGUGAAAGAACAAACUGAUAUAGUGAACGAUCACAUGUACCUUUAAAGUACUUCUGAUCAAGAUAUUGACUGUUGCCACCUGAACGAGUCAGUAAAACAAAGCGGAAAGGAGAAUGGGAUACAUAGAAUGGUUUCGAUUGCCAUUAGUAUUCUAACAGCUAUGAAAGGAUCCAAAACCUCGGGACAGAUGUAGUUGAGGAAAUGUAAUUGUACAUAGAAAAUUUUAUCUACAAAUAUCUUCGAAUGCGCUCUUUGAAUUCCGCUUGUAAAAAUAUAAGAGAGAUUUUUUUUAGUUACAAAUAACAAACAACAAACGAGCACAAGAUAAAGUAUUGCCUAUUACAUGUCCGAAGUCCUCAACGAAAGAUAAUAUUUUGAAUUUGGUUCGUGGUCUUGGUCUGAUCGUUUUUAUUACGGUAUCAAAAAAGUAGUUGAUUUCUUCAUUGACGUUUGGAAAAGAACCAAAAGUCAGGAAUAUGACAGUUGUUUUUCAUUCGUCUGAUGUGUUUGAGCUUUUGAUUUUGCCAUUUGAUUAGGGACUUUCCGUUUUGAAUUUUCCUCGAAGUUCAAUAAUUUUUGUUUAACCAUAAUCCGACAUUUCAUUGUGCAAUGCAUUAUUAUAUUCUUCUACAUUUAAUUUACAGUUGUUCAAUAUGUGGAAACUAUAGCAAAAUUUUAAGUAACUGUUUACUAAAUUGCAAAAAUGGCAGCUAGAACUAUUUUAAACGAAUAUGCUAUUAGAAAACCAUCUAUGUAUUCAAUUAUUUCAGAAAUCUGGAGUUAUUCCUGCACAACAAGUCAUUAUUAACGCACAAAUUAAAAAAAAACUAGUACUGACAUACUUGUCAAAUAUUAUUUUGCCUACAAACUGCAAAGUUUCAUAAAAACUAGAAUUUGUAUAAUCAAAUUAUUCAUUUAUUUCAUUGUUCUUAAGCCAAAUACAGACUUCUACAAAAAAGUGGUACAAAAGUGUGGAAUUCCCUAUUCUGUGAGGUAAAAAAAAAACAACAACAAAAAAAUGUUUCUGCAUUUAAAUAUGCAAGUCAUAAUAUUUUUAACAGUGAGAAUGUUUAAUAUAUAUAAACUUUCAACCUAUUAGUUUGCCAUUGUUUUUGUCAUGUAUAGUCGUGUAUAUAUAUUAUUUAACAUUGUGUAUUGAUAUAUUGAUUAUGUGUUGUUAUUAAAGUUAACAUUGUAUGAA